AUGGAGGCUGGAAAAGUGUACAGCAGUAACACUGUGCUUCAAGCUAGAAAAGCUGUGGAGCAGCUGAGACUGGAGGCCAACUUGGAAAGGAUCAAGAUCUCAGCUGCGGCUGCUCAGCUCGUGCAGUACUGUCAGGAGCACCGACGUGGAGAUCCUCUGCUCACAGGCAUCGCUGCAUCCUCCAACCCAUUCAAGGACAAGAAGACGUGUGUGUUACUGUGA